AUGGCCACACCCACGCAUGGCACCCUUUUAUCCGCCGUAACCGCCCUCGCAAACACGUACCACUCCCGUGGUCGGACGGAAGAAUCCCGCCGCCUGACCUCCGCGCUCGCCAAACUACGCGAUGCACCGGACGAUGACGCCAUCGCGACCGCACACACCCUCGGCAUUCUCGUCCUGACGUUCCUCGAACACGGACAAUGGAAUGCCGCCGCCGACAUUGGGAAGCUUGUCGUAGAUGCACGAGUCGCUCUGCUCGGCUCAGAGAAUCCCUCCACGCUCACGGCGAUGAGUAAUCUCGCGGCUGCGUACUGGGGACAGGGGCGGUGGUCGGAUGCCGCAGAACUGGGGCGACGGGUAACCGAGAUUCGGAGACGGGUCCUGGGUGAUGAGCACCCACAGACCUUGUCAUCAAUGUCGAAUUUGGCAUCGACAUAUGCCAAACAAGGUCGCUUUGCCGAGGCGGAGGCGAUGGAGUCGCGGUUGUUGGAGGUUAAGGGUCGGACGCUGGGGGAGGGCGAUCCCUCGACGUUGAGUACCCUCGGCAACUUGGCAACCACCUAUACCAGUCUGGGGCGGUAUGACGAUGCGGAAAGAUUGGAGCGACGGGUUGUAGAGCAGUGCGAGAUGCUCUUGGGUGACUCGCAUGCGUCCACGUUGACGUGGAAGUCGAAUUUGGCGGUAACGUUCCGCGAACAGGGGAAGCUGGAGGAGGCGAUACGGCUGGAGUCAGCGGUGCUAGAAACCCGCUUGGCUCAUUUGGGGAGCAGGCAUCCCCUAACUGUGACCUCCAUGGCGAACCUUGCGACCUCAUAUCGGGAUAUGGACCGGUUGACAGAGGCCGAGCAGCUGGAGCUGAAGGUCACGAAGGUUAGUGAGGACGUGCUGGGGGAGGAUCACCCGCAGACGCUGAUGGCGGCGGGGAAUCUGGCCGCCACGUAUCGAUGUCAGGGGCGGUUGGCGGAUGCGGCGCAACUGGGGGCCAGGGUCAUGACGUCGAUGAAGACACAUUUGGGGGAGGACCAUCCGUUGACCUUGACGGCGAUGGCGAAUUUGGCGUUGACUUAUCAGCAGCAGGGCCAGUCGCAUCAGGCCGAACGGUUGACGUUCCAGGUGCUCCAGUUGAUGCGCAAGUCUCUUGGCGAAGCGCAUCCCCAUACGCUGACCACGAUGGCGAAUCUAGGCGCCAUCUACCAAUCUCAAGGGAGAUGGGACGACGCAGAGAAAGUCGCAGAACAGACCGUCCGCGGCAGAGAGAUGGCCCUCGGGAAGGAACAUCCGGAUACGCUGGCCUCGAUGGAGGAUUUGAUGCGGGUAUACCGUGUCCUGGCCGCCGAUCGGACGAUGCAACGCGCCUCCAUGCGAUAG